GCGCUGAAAUUAGUUGAUACAUUUGAUUCUGCAGUUUUGUUGCUAAUUUACAUGUCGGCGGUCUUCUUAGUUCUUGUUGUUAUCUUUCACUUCAACGAGUUCCUAGAUCAGCUGUGUUUUUCCAUGGAAAACAACAGCACCAAUGAGGUUAAUAUUCAUCUUCCGGAUGAUCCAUUUAUGCUCCAUUGUUCUUGCUUUGGAAAUUGCAUGAGCCUAACUGUUAUAAAUCCUCUCACAUUUUUCAGAAAACCAGAGUCCCCACAAACAAGAUCAAAGCCAUUAUUUGAGAUGAAAGAUGGCAUGCCAACAAGAAAGAAGAAUUGCAACUGCAAACACUCGCGAUGUUUAAAGCUGUAUUGUGAGUGUUUUGCAUCUGGAGUUCAUUGUGAUGGGUGCAAUUGCGCAAAUUGUUUUAACAAUGUUGAAAAUGAAGUUGCUAGACAUGAGGCAGUUGAAGCAAUUCUAGAACGCAAUCCCAAUGCCUUCAGGCCUAAGAUUGGCAAUAGUCCACAAACUAUUCGUGAUGUGAGGGAAGAUUGUGAACUUGCAUUAGCAGGGAAGCAUAAUAAGGGCUGCCAUUGCAAGAAAUCAGGAUGUCUCAAGAAAUACUGUGAGUGUUUCCAAGCCAACAUUCUCUGCUCUGAUAAUUGUAAGUGUAUGGACUGCAAGAACUUCGAAGGAAGCGAAGAAAGGAGAGCCCUUUUCCAUGGGGAUCAUGGGAAUACCAUCACUUACAUGCAGCAGGCUGCAAAUGCUGCUUUGAAUAGAGCUAUAGGUCCCUCCAUCUAUUCCUCGCCUGCAGCGAAGAAGAGAAAAAGUCAAGAUUUUUUCUUUGGAUUAUCGGCUAAGGACCAAUCUAUUCACAUGAAUGCACAAUGUCCCCAGGCUUUAGGGCCUACUUCUUUUGCUUCCACUCCUACAGGUCAUGUGACAAAUUUGUCAUCAACUUCAUUAGGAUCUUCAAAAAUCAACUACAGGCCACUUCUGGCUGAUAUUGUCCACACAGAGGAUGUGAAGGAGCUCUGCAGGAUUUUGGUAUUGGUAUCAAGACAGGCUGCGAAAACGGCUGCUG